AUGGCGCCUCCUCACGCUCGGCGGGGCAGGGGCGACGGACCCAGUCGAGGGCGAGGAGACAGGCGCCGCGACCGCGACGGUUUCUCGGCGGACGCGCCUCUCUGUGCGCCUGCGGAUCGCGCAGAGGCGAACGUCUCUGCAGACCUGACCUCGCCGGGGGUUCCGAGCUCGGCGCCUGUGGGCCGGAGAUCCUCCGCGGCGCCUCAGGGACUCUCCGGACAUGCGAGCAGAGGGCGAGACUCUCCGCUCCUGCCUCGGUGUUCUGCCUCGGCCGCCGGCACCCGAAAAGGCUCUGCGCCGGACGACGGGGACAACGACAGAGAGGACGCUCUCCCUGUCUCUUCAGGCGUCCCCUCGGGUGUCUCCACUGUCCCCACUGGGGGCGGUCGGAGCGAGAGAGCCUUUCCAAUGGCGCGGGCGUUUGCGACUGGCUUGACGAAUCGAACGCCGGCAGGUCGAGGAAGAGGAGGCGGUCGGGCGCCUGGGGGUUCAAGGCGGCGCCUCCCGGAAACGACUCAGGUCCCGGGACAGGCUGUGAGGCAUGGCUCUGAGGCGCAGAGUUCGCAGCUGUCCACGCCUUCUUCGCUUCUGUCUCACGUUUCAGUCGAGCCCAGCCUUUGCGGGGGUCAAAUGCCCCGCGAGGCCCAAACCGGUCCUCCCGCCGCCACCCCACACGCUCCAGUUCGACCGGCGGGGCCUCUCGGAGCAGGGCGAUCUUCGUCAGAGGGUUUGGCUUCUUCCGAGUCAUCUGCACCUUUGACGGCGUCUGCGUCUUCGUAUUUCUCCGUGCCGCCUGCGAGUGAGACGCCCGCGAAGGGUGCGAUGGCGCCCGUGGAGGAGUUGCCGAUUAUGCGGUACAAAGAAGCGAUUUUGGACCAUAUUCGCGAGCACUCGGUCACCUGCAUUCAGGGCGAGACGGGGUGCGGCAAGAGCACGCGUGUGCCGCGCUUCUUGCUCGAGGAAGAUCUCCGCCAGAGUCGGGAGCGACGCGAAGGCCCAGAGACCCCAGAGGGCGUGAUGCCCCGGCGGCUGAAUGCGAUUGUGACGCAGCCUAGACGCCUUGCAUGCAUCGCGCUUGCGCGCCGAGUUGCGCAGGAACUGGAGGAGCCUCUGGGUCGAAGUGUGGGGUACCGAAUUUCAGGCGACGCCGUGACGAGCAAGGAGACGAAGGUCUGCUUCGUCACCACCGGGUACUUCCUCCAGGUCCUGAUCAACCAGCCGCAUGCACUCGCCGCCCUCACGCACAUCAUUCUCGACGAAGUCCACGAGCGCGACUUGGAUGCGGACUUGCUUUCGCUCGUCCUCAAACUCCAGCUCAGCCGGAAGUCUUCGCUGAAACUGAUUGUGAUGUCUGCCACACUGCAAGGGAACCUCUUUGCGGAGUACUUCACACCCACUGGAAUGCCCGUCUCGCCCCGGAUUUACGUCGGAGCUCGCCGCUUCCCCGUCCAGAGUCUCUUCCUAGACGACUUGCUCGCGGCGACUACACGGCCCGAGAGUCUCCGCGGGAAACUGUUGACUCCGGCAGAUCUCUCGGGUGCAGGCCUUCUGAUGGAGGGGCGCGCAGACGAAGACGUCGCGGGGACAUCCACAGGCGACGCCACGGGAGGCAUGCCGAAUGUGAACCUCGUUCGCGCUCUGCUCCAGAGAAAAAACGCUCGGACUCUCGCCGCAGGCUGGCAAACCACCAAGGCGAUACGCGACGCCUUGUCGCUUUUUGACCGGAACUCGACGGCUGAGCAGCAAAGGAAAGGCGCGGGGGGCGGACGCACGCGCGGCGGUCCGCCGGCUGCGCAGAUGCGGAGUGGCGAGGGUGAGCCUGCGGGGGGCUGGGAGGCGGAGCUCCAGACCUCGCUCGUGCCGCAAAUCAUGGACGGUUUGGACUCGGUCUGCCUGGACUUGGUGACCUCACUUGGCUUUGGCGGCGAGACCAUUCUGAUCUUCUUGCCGGGUAUUGGAGAAAUCACGGAUCUGUACGAAACGCUCUCGCGCCUCGACUCUUCAACCGUCUGGACAGGAGCGGCGAGCUCGUCGCUUGUGGACUUUGAGCGCCGAGAUUCGACGACGGUCUCGAGUGCGAAGGGACCUGGCGGGUCGAGCGACGAGGCGAGUGGUCGGUCCGACUCGCUGAAGUACCGGAUCUUCGUCUUGCACUCCGCAAUCAGUCGCGAGGAACAAGAGGAAGUCUUUUCUCCUCCAGCCAGUGACACCGUCCACGUCGUGCUCGCGUCGAACAUCGCCGAAAGCUCCCUCACGCUUCCCCAAGUCCGAAUCGUCAUCGACUUCUGUCUCAAGAGACAGCUCAUUUACGACCAGCGUCGGCACACAGCAGCGCUCGUUCGCGCGUGGACGUCUCACGCUUCCUCUCAGCAACGCACAGGACGAACAGGUCGAGUUUUUCCCGGUCUGUCCAUUCGUCUGGUGUCUCGGCAGUUUUACGAGCGGUGCAUGCGUCGCUUCGACCCACCAGAAAUGCAGACGGCGCCUCUGGAGAAGCUGUACUUGACGGUGAAGCAUUUGACCCACAGCUUGAAUCGUUUAGCUUUGCGUGACGCGGAUGGCGAAGAGCGACAGAACGCAGCAGCUGGCGACGGGAGACCUGGUCCGCAGGACGCGCAAGGAACGACCAAAGAGGCAAUCCGUGAGAGGAAGUUGACGCCUUGUCAGCUGCUGCGCCUGACCGUCCAGCCUCCUGACGUCAGCGCGCUAGACUCUGCGCGACAUUUGUUGAACCGUCUGGGGGCGCUCACGAGCGACAGCGAAGACGCAGAAAUCACGAACCUUGGGCACCUCAUGAUGCAACUCCCCAUCGACACUCACCUCACCAAACUUCUGAUGGUCGGCAUCAUCGCAGGAUGCACCAGCGACGCACUAGUCUUGGCGACGGUGCUCGCGAGUCAAGAUCCAUUCACGAUGCCUUCUGGGCUCCUCAUCAAACAUCCUGCGGAGCUGGCUGAGCGUCUCCAACUCUCUCUGAAGUCGCGCGCAGCCUACGACGCCGGACACUACUCAGAGCCUCUCAUGCUCAGAAAUCUUUUCGUGGACUGGCUGACGGAGUUCGCCUCCAGCGUCGCAGCGGUGCGCUCGCGUCUCGCGCGCCAGGCGGCGGUGCGGAGGAAUCGAAGACUGGAAAUGAACAUGAAGAUGGAGUACCUUCGCGUUUCUCGAGACUUUGCACGCGGGCACAGCGUGGUGGCCAAGCGCAUGGUCCAUGUCGCGAUGAUGUGCGUCGAUCUGGCGACGCGGUUGAAGCGACUUCUUCGGCCUGACUCGGCAGCGGCGACCAGCUUGUCUUUCUUCGUGGACUUGCUCCAAAACCCAACCAUCCACCCGCCGGUGGCCACUGGAGCCUCGCCGUCGAUUCUCGGCUCCACGCCUUCCGGCGCCGAGACAACUGCGUCUGCUUCGUCCUCGGCACCCGCCACACGGUUCGUCCACAGCACAGCUCUCACGUACAGCAGCUCGGCAGCCGCCGCUGCUGUUCAGGAGCGAUUCUCCUCGGACGUUCUGCUCCUCAAGUCGCUGCUCGUCGCCGCCUUCGCGCCGACCUUCAUCGUGGGGAAGCCGAGAGUCUGCGUCGACGGGAAGGCCGUCGACCGCGUCGUUCCGCGAUCCCUCGCCUCGGGAGCAGGAAAGGAGAACUCCAAGUGGGAUCUGAGCGACUAUGCAGCGGCGAUGCUGCGGCAAGGACUGGACCCCUCUCGGACGUUGGUGCUGCAUGACCGCCUCGACAGCCGGACGGGGACGGUGCUCAGGCAGGUACGCGCGUCGCUUUCGCUUGUGUGCGCGGGACUCGACUACUCCAUCGUUUCCUGCGAAGGCAUGGAGGACAAGUGCUUUCUUUUCUUCCCCGAGACGCGCGCGAACGCUUGUCUGACCUUUGACGCAGCCCGCUUGCCGCAGAUACUCAAAACGCUGAAGGAGAAGCUCCCAAACUCGACGGUCGUGUCUUCUCCCGCAGACGGUGCCGCAGGGGCGCCGCACAGCGGCACCAGAAACAACGCCCAAGACCCGCCUGUCUCUGGCGCUGUCUCCAAAGGCGCGGGCGCAGACGAGGACUUUGGAUUUCGCGCCUCGACGGACAAGAAAGCUCACGAAGAAAGAAUGAGCAAGAUGGAGAUGGUGGGUUCCCAGGUCCGAGUGGCUGGAGACGAACCGGGAGAAAGUGAAGGAGGAGGAGCCGCGAACGACGAAGAAGAGCAAACGCCAGUCGGCCGACGCACACAGGCCGCUGCUACUCUCGCUCUCGCUGCUCACCUUCCCAACCAGUUCGCAAAUGGAAGGUGGAAGGUAUCGCUUGCUUUGCCGGAGAUCGUGGAGACGCCGCAGGCGGCAGAGGAGACACUUCGGGGGCCUGGGGGGAUGUCAGGGCCUCUCGGCGGGCGUGGGGUGUCAGGGACUUCGGGGCGCUUUGGAGCGCCUUCUGGGUACGAAGGCAGUGGGGGGAAGAUGCCGUUCUCGGCAGCGAACGUGGAGGUCGGCGUCCAACAGUUCGACAUGGUUCGACCGUGCUCACCCUUUCUAGUCUCUUGGCUGUUGAUGGGCGACGACGAGUCUGCCGCGACGGCGGCGGGAGAGAACGCCGAGGCCGCCGACAGCAGCGCGAAGAGUGGCAAGAAGAAGAAGGAUCAGGGGAAGAAGAAACUGGCGAAAGUCAAGGCCGUGACGAACUGCCGGAACCCAAUCGGAUUUUACUGCGCUUGUCCAGUCCGAGUCGAAGAAGGCGGCGUCCAACUGUACAGACAGCAAGAAGAAGUUUACGGCGUCGUCACCGUGACGCAAGGGACCGACGAUCCGCAAAUGUGCUGGGUUGAGGGCGUCACAGUGUUGCCGCAGAGACACGCUGCUCUCCUCAUGCUCGCUUUCUUAAGUCACAAACACAACGUCGAAAUCGGUGUUCAGGUCACGGCAGCGGGACCCGUGGUAAAGGAAAUCUCUCUGUUCAACGGCGUCAGGACGAUGAAGCUGCCCUUCUACGAGGAAGGACCGACGGUGACGCUCGCAGAUCUCUGGAGAAUCAACAGAGUGCGCCGCCUCUUGUCUGAGGCCUUUGCUACACCCAAGGGGACAGCGGGACGCUGUGGCGACCACAGAGACUCGCGAACCGGCCCAAGUUCGGGGGACCCGGCGUCGAUGCAAAUGCCUUCGUCCGAUACGGUCAGCAUUUCUGCGGUGUCGGCCAACAUGGACGCCUCUGUGCGUCUCGGCGCGCGCUCCGCCUCCGGGGUUGGUGGACCACGAGGGGUGGGCGCUCUGCCUCCGAAAGACGAGUUCGAGCAAAUCAACAUCGAUGAAAACGCAGCUGUCAAGGAGGCCCUGGUCGAAAUGUUGCGCGCAUGCAACGCGGACGUCGACACUCUGACUCUAGGCAACUCGCCACAAGAUGACUGUGUGAAGGUGCUCACGACCCCAGGGUACUUGUCUUGCUUGACUUCGAAUUUGGGAAACGCAAUGAAGGCGGACCUGAGUCUGUGCAGAAUUCCCGCGUUCGAGGAGACGCAGAGCGACCUGCUUUCACCGUUCAAUUUAAGCGGCGUCGUUGGCAAAGUGGAAAGUGUCAAGUCAAAGGCAAUGAGUAUCUUGCAGGCCAAGGCCCGCGCUCAGCAAGAGGCUGCUCGGCGAGAGGCGGAGAAGCGUCUCGCGGCCGCACAGAAACGCAAGGGAGCGCAGACGAAGGCGAAUCAGAAGGGUGGCAGGACGCCGCAGCCGCCGGUGUAUCCAAUGAAUGCAGGUCGCGGCCGGCCAGAAUUCAACUCCUACGCCGGUGCUGAACCAGCGGCGAUUGGCGGCAGACGGGAAGGCAAGAAGGGCAAAGGAAAGAAUGCAGCGGCUCAGGCGCUUCCGGCCACUCCGCAGAGUUCGCGCAGACAGCAGAGACAAGGUGCGAGUCAGGCAACAGUGCAUGGAAGAAGGAUCGAAGGCACUGGAACUCCUCGGUUCCGGACAGCAAAUUUACAGGAGGUCGGCGCGCCGGCUUACCGACGAGGUGCCGCCCCGUUCCGUGGGACUCCAGCGCCCCAAGCAGCCCCAGAGUUGAUGGCCACUCACAAUGUGACUGCCGCGGGGAUGGACGCAAACUGGCACAGUUACGGUGCCGCGGCCGUGGCGGCUCCGAUGGCUGGAACAUACGCGGCCGCGGAGCGACAAGGAUAUGAGUCGGCCUGUCCUUACCCACAACCCCAACAGCAUGCUCAGCAGUAUCUGCACCCCCGCGGAGUUCUUCAGCAACUGGGUGCAGCGAGCGUCGGAGCAAAUGCAGCUGCCUACGGAGUAACCCCGGCUGUCUAUGCAUCUCAGCGAAACUACCAGGUUCAUCAAAAUGCCAGCAGCGUUUGUGCAGGGGGCUACCAAGCCUUUGGGCAGCACCUCGGACCUACGAUGGGAAGAGCGGCACAAACGGCAUUGACGCACGGCUAUCCACCCGUGGGACAGUUUGUUGGCGGCUCUCAAUACGAUUUUUCUGGCUCCCGGUCGGUAACUCCUGGGUACCAGCAAGACUAUCGGUGCCCUGUAGUGCCCAACUACGGUGCUCGGGGUGCUAAAGAAGCAGAGGCACUCCAACGGCCAGGAGCACUACCGGCGGACGGGGCCGGUUCAUUUUUCCCUGGUACAGUGCCUGGUGCCGGGCGCGAGUUGAUGCCGAACUUGCAAACUAUGCAGAACCUUCAAAAUGUGCGCCGUUAUGCAGGAGGUGGAUUCCAGUAACGUGCGAUGUUGCAACGCACACUGUGUCUUAAUGUGUUUCUGCUGCGUUCACCGUUUUUGUUCAGAUGUUGAUGACUUCGUAGCUGUUUUCAGACGCAUGUGUUGACGCCCCGGCAUCGGCGGAACUAAAUACUUCCCAGGUGCAGAAUUUUUGGCACCAAGCAUAUUUCGGUAGCCGUGAUGGGUUAGUUUAGGGUUAAGCAGUUACACACCAAAACGGUGUGCGCAACGGUGCAAUGCAGCGAACUUCACACCAAUGGUAAACGCGGCCAUCUGCAGGUGACUCGUUGCGUGUGAAAUAGCAAGGCGAUUUUCUAAAGGGUACAUAUGGUAAAUAAGCCAACUGCAAAGCCCUCAAUUCAGAUUUCCCAAAGAUUUUUCCGGUGCUAAGAGGGCUGUUUCCAUUUUUGUCCAGUCUAUGGCGAAGUCCUGUUGUCGUUCUUCUUGCCGCUCGGGAGAAGCCGCAUUCUCGGGAGAAAUGCUUAUAGUUGGUGACCCAGAUUUUGUCGCGGCUGCGUUGUGUUGAAUGAUGUCAUCUGUGAAAGUGGGAUGACAAUUUUUCUGACACUGAACUCCGCGAUGAUCAAGUCAAGGCAACCUCUACCUGAUAUUCUCUUUCUUUUGCAGUCGCCAGAGAUCCGUGCUUGCUGUAUUAUGACGAAGUAAAUAUGGGGGAUCCUGAUUCGAAAUCACACGCAUCGUACCAGCUCCGCUUUCAACGAUUGAACCUGCCGCUGAGCCUCAAGUAGCUGCCACUGAAGCAGCUGGAUGCAGUUGGCCAUACAGUUCUUUUCGAGACGGGAUUCCUGAAGGUUAUGGGGAGCAGAAGAUUGAAAUGUUAGUGGCGAGGGAGGGAAUGAAUAUCCAA